AACGUGGCUGUUAUUGGUGGUGGUGGUGGUGGUAUGCCUCUUCCGAUAGCAUCGUCCUCUAUUUCUGCUGCUACUGGUUUCUCAACAGAUAGUCAUGAAGGUGGUGCAUCAGGCUCCGGUGGCGGUCUCUUCCCUACACCAAAUUCUGCUUUGUCAAACACACGAGCAAGCAUAGUCC